AUGGCCAAGUUUGUCCUGAACCAGAACCUACCUGACCUGGGAGGCCCUCGAUUAUGCCCAGGCCCAGUCGGGGGUUCCCGCAGCCCGAGUUCGCCCUACUCUGUGGAGACGCCCUAUGGUUUCCACUUGGAUCUGGAUUUCCUCAAGUACGUGGAGGAGCUGGAGCGCGGCCCCGUCGCCCACCGCGCCCCGGGACCCCCACCCCCACGCCGUCCCCGCGCGUCCCGACCCAACCUAACAGGCGCGCGCAGCCCGGGCGCCUGGACGUCGAGCGAGUCCCUGGCCAGUGAUGAUGGUGGAGCUCCGGGCGCGCCCUUGGGACUCUUGCGGCCGUCACUGUCACCGCGCGUGCCUGCGCGCAAUCCGCGCGUCGAGCAUACGCUGUUGGAGACUAGCCGGAGGCUGGAGUUAGAGCAAACGCACCAACGUGCGCUCAGCCCUGCCCGCACCGCGGCUUCUCUCAGCCCGCGCGGAUCGGGUCUCAGCAGUCCCGCCCCCAACCCCGCCCUCGCCUCACCUGGCCCGGCGCAACUACAGCUGGUGCGCGAGCAGAUGGCCGCUGCCCUGCGGCGCCUGCGCGAGCUCGAGGAGCAGGCGCGCGCGUUGCCCGAAUUGCAAGAGCAGGUGCGCGCCCUGCGCGCCGAAAAGGCGCGGCUGCUGGCCGGGCGCUCGCAGCCCGGGCCCGACGGGGAGGCGGAAGCACGCCCGGCCAAGCUAGCUCAGCUGCGGCGGCUCACGGAGCGCCUGGCCACCUCUGAGCGCGGCAUCCGUGCCAGAGCUGACCCCAGGGCCGACAGCCCAGACGGCUCGGUGGCCAGGCGCCGCGAGGGAACACUCCAGGUCUCCGACGGGGCGUCCCAACCCCGGGAGGAAGGCGCCGAGGCGCUGCGGGAGACCCGGGAUGCCAGCGUGGAGGCGGCCCCGGAGACCCAGGAGGCCGGCGUGGAGGCGGCGCCAGAGACGCAGGAGGCUGGCGUGGAAGUGGCCCCCGAGACAGCCGAGGCGGAUGCCUGGGUGACUGAGGAGCUUCUUGGGCUGUCCGAGGCCGCCGAACGCGAGCUGGAGCUGCUUCGUGCCGGCCUGGAGCACCAGCGUGGGGUGAGCGAGCUGCUUCGGGGCCGACUGCGUGAGCUAGAGGAGGCCCGUGAAGCCGCCGAAGAGGAUGCGGCGCUGGGGACCCGGGUGCAGCCGUGCGAGGUCGCCACCCAGACCUCGUGGGGCUGCGCGGAGAAGGCCACGCAAACCGAGUUCUCUGAAGACGCCCACUCGCUGAUAUCCGAGAGCCUGCCCCAGUUUGCAGAAGGGCCCCCUGUCGUGGCCCCCGCCGGCGUUCUCAAAUCUAUCAUGAAGAAGAGAGACGGCACAUCAGGCUCUCAGCCCAGUCCCAGCACCAAGAGUCUGCAGUUCGUUGGGGUCCUUAACGGAGAGUACGAGAGCUCCUCCAGCGAGGAAGCCAGUGACAGCGACAGUGACGAUGGCGCUGCCGAGCCCCCUCGGAGCAGUUCCUCAGGCUCUGGGGACGACAGCGGCGGAGGAUCGGAUCCCGGCAAUCCCGGCCCUCCCAGCGAUGGGGAUGCUGAGGAUGCUGGAGACCCUGAGGCGGAGGCGAAGGUGGAGCCUCAGCCCGGGACGGAGGAGAGGUGCGAGGUGAGCCCUCGCUUGAGAGAGGCCUGCGCGGCGCUGCACCAACAACUGAACCGGCCCCGCUUGGCCCGCGAUGGCGGUGCGGCACGCCUGGUGGCCCAGGAGUGGUUUCGAGUUUCCAGCCAGCGGCGCUCACGCGCGCCGCCAGUGGCUGCGGUGCUGGGCGCGGUGGCGCGCCUGGGACCUGAGCUAUUGACGCACGUGGUGAAUCUGGCAGACGGCAACGGGAACACAGCCCUGCACUACAGCGUGUCCCAUGGGAACCUGGCCAUAGCCAGCCUGCUGUUGGACACGGGGGUCUGUGAGGUGGACCGGCAGAAUCGAGCUGGCUACUCGGCCCCCAUGCUGGCAGCACUCACCUCCGUGGGGAGGGAGGAGGAGGACAUGGCUGUGGUCCAGAGGCUCUUCCACAUGGGUGACGUCAAUGCCAAGGCCAGUCAGACAGGACAGACAGCUCUCAUGCUGGCCAUCAGCCAUGGCCACCAGGACAUGGUGGCGGCUCUGCUGGCGUGCGGGGCUGAUGUGAACACCCAGGACGCGGAUGGGGCCACAGCACUAAUGUGCGCCAGUGAAUAUGGACGCCUGGAUACUGUCCGGUUGCUGUUGGCCCAGCCGGGUUGUGACCCCGCCAUCCUGGACCAUGAGGGCACCAGUGCCCUGGCCAUCGCGCUGGAAGCAGAACAAGAUGAGGUAGCGGCGCUGUUGCAUGCCCACCUGAGUGCAGGACAGCCAGGGACUCCGCCACCUCCCGACUCCAUGGCCAAGGCUGAAGAAGGAUGCAGUGACAGCGGAGAGGCCCCCCAGCCUCAGUGA